UGGAAGUGGUUGGGACAAGUGUGUCAUAUAAACCCUGGAGUGGAGAUUACUUGCUGGGCUGCCCACCUUGGAGUGGGAGAUAACUAGUGACUAUCCCAUUUUAAGAUACAAUGUACUGUAUAUAGGUUUAUAUCCCACUCAGCAUCAAGAGGCGGGAAAAUUUGUUGUUAACCCCAGUCAUCGUGUGAGUGUUGACCAGUGUUGACCAGUGUUGAAGAGCCAAGUGGAUCCUAGUGGAGCCAACUGUACAUCCCAUUCAGGGUAACACCGUAUAUUUCAUCAGUAACUCAUCACCAUCACACUAUAUUGAUCAUGGAUGAAGAAACAACGUGGAUGGAGAACUCAACAUGGGCGGUGAUGGAGGCUGAGGAUCCCUUGCCACAGUGGGUAAUCAUUGUAGACAAAAUCCUCUUCUUCCUCCAGUCCUCCAACCUCGUCGUCCUCCUGCUGGGGAUGGGCGCCGCUACUGAUGUCAAAGAGAUCUGGCAUCACCUGCGGCGGCCGUGGGGUUGUAUGAUCGGUGUGGUGUGUCAGUUCGUGUUGCUACCAGCUGUGGGUUUUGGUCUCUGUAUCAUCUUCCAGCUACCACCCUACCAGGCCUUGGGCGUCCUCAUCCUCACCUGUAGUCCAGGAGGAGCCUUCUCAAACUUCUUCACCUACUGGGUGGAUGGAGACCUCGCCCUCAGCAUUAUGAUGACAGCCAUCUCGUCAAUGGUGGCGUUCGGUGCGAUGCCCCUGAACCUGUUCAUAUACACUCAGCGGUGGACGGCGCAGCAGCUGACAGUCCCCUACACAAACAUCCUCAAGAGCCUGGUGCUGGCGGUGGUGCCCUCUAUUGCUGGCAUGAUCAUUAGACGCAGGAGAAAGACCAUCGCUGAGAAGGUCAAGAUGGUGUGCGGAUUGAUUGGGUGGGGCUCGGUAGGGGUGGCCGCAGUGCUCAUCAUCGUCAGGUACAGGCAGGAACUCAUCAACGCUAACCCGGGUUUUGUCGGCGCUGCAGCCCUCGUUCCCUUCCUCGGCUUCGCUGUCGCUUACAUCGCCGCCAAGAUCGUCUGUUUCAGUCACAAGGUGUGCCGGACGGUGGCUAUCGAGACCGGGUGCCAAAACAUGUCGGUGGCACUCUCCAUUAUGUUCAUCUCCUUCACCGAUCGUCAGAUUCUUGGGAAGCUGGUGAUAUUCCCUAUCUUGUACGGGGUGUGCCAGCUAGCAGAGAUCUUCACAGGCAUUGCUAUUUUUCAUUUGUGGCGUUACACACAAAAGCGGAGAGGUGAUAACGAGAGCCCAGACGACCUGGUCAAGAUGGAACAACAACAGCUGGACCACAACAAGGAGGCUGAGGCUAAUGAUGAUGUUACCUACGUUGUCCGGACCAGUGUGCCUCUCCCAACACAUCUGAGUCAGCACCCUGAACAGAUGCCACUACAAUGUGACCCGGAACAAGAUGACCUCUCGCAGGAUGCGUCUAAAAAGAGCUUCAAGACACAACAAGAGUGAGGUGGUGUUAGCCAAGGACGCUGAGGAUGCCACUGACAGUCACAUAAAGACUGACUCCUUAUCCUCACACCUUGCUCUUGAUAACUUAAACUCAGAUUAUCACCCGCUUGUCUCUGAAGCCAGACACAAGCAAAUGUGUCUCGUUGACGAGGGUAUCAACAUCAAGCUGUUUUGGAUUCCCUAUCACAUGGGCAUCAGUCAGCAUCAUAAGGGCGAUGCCUUCGCUAAACUCGCAUCCAACAAAGACAAUGUUGAAUACAAUCUAGGACUGUCAAACAGAACCCUAAAAAUUGUAAUUAGGAAAUAACUUGAUGAAUUCGAAGCAAGUAGACAAGUGUAAACAGGCACUAGUCAAUCCACUGUUUACCAUGAUGAGAUGUAUCAAGUAAAACAUGUAUAUGGAGCAAGUAACAAGAUCACUAGAUGUUGUGACAGCUAGACUAAGGUUAGGAUAUAGGUACCUCUGGUAGGAUGUUUGGCAGUAAUGUCCUUCAAGCAUAUGUGAACAAAAUUAAAUGUAAAGUGUGUGUCCAAACAUACGGCCACACAUUCAAACACUACGCCUUAGACUGCGAAAAAAUAGAACCUUAUAGGGACAGACGCAAGUACAUUGUGUAUGCAAUGAAAAUAAAGUUGUCUCUGCUCGCAUUACGAUAGGAUACAGACCUACCUGUAAACACUGUAAUGCUAGCACCCUUCAACACUAUUGCCUUGACUGUCCCACUGUCAGGGACCUCCUACCACAGGACGAGUCACUAACCACUAUAUGUCACUACCUACAAAUUCAUAAUAAUUUAGAUUUAAUUAUUGUACGCUACCCACGCUUUGGUGGGUGAUAACUCCUAUUGUCCUUAAAUCUAUCAAUAUUGUCUCCAUAUCAUAAAUCAUAGCGUGUCCAGCGAGACACGAGUACCAAUGUAUUAGUGUCUGACCACAUGGUCUUGUGACUAGGUUUGUCACCCACUUGGGUGUAAUAAAUUAAAUAAUAAUGUAAGCAAUGACACAGCACUUUAUCUCUGAUGAUUAGAUAACAGAUAUACUAAGGCUGUAUCCACACUUCGCAUCUACUACCUGUCAAAAUUCUGUGUACCAACAAAAACAAACAAUGUAAUGAAAAUACUCUGUAACAUUCAGUGCCAUAAUAUCCUGACCACUGGGGUCUGAUAAACACUCUUUGUGGCCUCUACUUUUCAUCCUUUUGCGCUACCGCUCACAGACGCCAUCGCAGAUUAUAGGGUUAUUGAUAUUGCGUAGAACGUUUGCUGACACCCUGUCCUAAGGUUCUUAACUCAAAACACCUGAGUAUAUCAUAUGAUGCCACAUGAGUUUGAGUCAUAGUUCUCUACCCAAGGUGUAUGUGCCGUGAGUUAAUCAGUCCUUAAGCAGCCAUGAAACAGUUGAGAUACCAUGCCCCGCACUCAGAAAGGUCCCUCGGCACGGCAGUCUAUGUACAUAAUUCAGAGAAUACGUACACCCUGUUAAAAUACAGUCACAAGACCAUACUUCACCCUCACCCUAAGGUUAAGUGUGCAAAGCAGAGUGAAGACAUACCUAGUAUCCGAGUGGGAGUAAACCUGGACUCUGAGCAAAUAGCCGUGAAGUACAAUCGGAAACCAUAUUCUCUAGCCCGCCUGGGUCGGUGCUGGAGGUUAGUACAGUGUCCUUUCUGGACAG